AUCAUUGACUUCAAAUUCAAGUGCACAAACAUAGGACAUUGCAUUUUCUUCUACUUUCUAGUCAUGGAGUUAGAGGCAAGUAACAGUUCCACCACUUCCACAUAUAACAGAAUAGCUGAAGUGAAAGCUUUUGACGAAUCAAAAGCUGGUGUAAAAGGCCUCGUAGAAUCUGGAACAUGCGUGACAAAGAUCCCACGUAUGUUCCAUUUUCCUAAAUCAAGCCUGAAAAACAACACUCAUGAAACUAUCUUACAAAUUGACUCAUCUUCAAAGUUGUGUGUCCCCAUCAUUGACCUUCAAGAUAUGAACACUAAUCCAUGUUUGCAUGUUGAGGUAGUUGACAAAAUUCGUAGUGCAUGCAAGGAGUGGGGAUUUUUCCAAGUGAUUAAUCAUGGUAUUCCGGUUAGUGUUUUGGAUGAGAUGACUAGCGCAAUCCGUAGGUUUCAUGAACAAGAAGUUGAUGCAAGGAAACCAUUUUAUACAAGGGAUACAAGUAAGAAAGUCAGAUAUUUUUCUAAUGGUACCCUUUUUAGGGACCCUGCUGCUAACUGGAGGGACACAAUUGCAUUUUUUACUAGUCCUGAUCCUCCUAAUCCAGAAGAAAUACCACAAGUAUGCAGAGACAUUGUGAUUGAAUAUUCAAAGAAAGUAAGGGCUUUAGGCCUUACAAUCUUUGAGCUAUACUCAGAAGCUUUAGGCCUUCAUCCUUCUUAUCUUACAAAAUUGCUCUCAACAUAUGGACAAUUUCUUCUGUGUCACUACUAUCCUGCAUGCCCUGAACCCGAAUUAACUAUGGGAACUUCGAAGCACACCGAUAUUGAUUUCAUGACAAUUCUUCUACAAGACCAGAUUGGUGGUUUUCAAGUUCUUCAUCAGAAUCAAUGGGUUGAUGUUCCUCCACUGCAUGGAUCUCUUGUUGUAAACGUUGGUGAUCUUAUGCAGCUUAUAACAAAUGACAUGUUCACAAGUGUUUAUCACCGGGUUUUAUCCAAAAAUAUUGGCCCUAGAAUUUCCAUAGCAAGCUUCUUUGUAAACCCAUCAUCAGAGGAGGUUACAUCCAAGGUUGUUGCUCCAAUAAAGGAAUUGCUAUCAGAAGAAAAUCCACCAAUCUAUAGGGACACUACUUUGAAAGAAGUCUUGGCACAUUAUUUUACAAAAGGCCUUGAUGGUAACUCUUCCUUGCACCCUUUCAGGCUGUAAAAUAAGUAUUAAGAAUAAGAUUGGAGCUGUGAAAUAAAUAUUUUGAAUAAGAUUGGAGCCGUAUUGAUUCCUGAAAGGCUCCAAUGAUCAGUUCCCAUCAAGGCUCCAAUAAAGGAAUUUCCUGAAUAAGUUGUAUGUUAUUAAGGCUCCAAUGUAGACUUUGACUAUAUACCACCGAUACUUUAUGUAUACGAAAAUGUGUCUAGUAUCUGACACAUGUUAGUGUCUAACGCUACCGACAUAUAUGGUUACAUUUAAUCACUUUUAUUUCAUUACCGGCACGUAUACGUGUCA